AUGGCGUGGACGCGCCCCUUUCCAACAGUCUGGGAUGAUGCAGGUCGGGAGGUACUCAAUGAGGCGCCGCCCUUUCUGGCCCUUGCUGAUUCCACCUUCCAGGGCCUUUUGCGACAGGGCAAGCAAUGGGCCUCAUACGGCUACCCCUCGCUAGGGAUGGGCUACUCGGUGGUGUGUCCCGGGGCUUCCCUCGUUCGCUCCUAUCCUGGGCGUCCCUCCAUCUUAGGAGCCCUUGCUUUGGCUGCGGGGGAUUCCCUCCAGUCUCGCGACUCCCUGCCAGCUCCGAUCCUGGUCAAUGAGGGCUUCUUGCACUUCCUGCGGGACAGGCUCGAUGAGCCUGUCAAGGUAGGCCUGGUUCCCUGCGGACGCAGUGUGCCACAUCCCAAGCAGACUGCUUAUGACUUUGUGGAAAGGGCACGGCACGACUUCAACCUCAAGGACUACGAGUUCCCUUGGCAGAUCAUGGACCUGGACCAGCCUCCGGAUCUGGACCUGUAUGGCCAGGAUCCCACUCACUUUCAGCCGUCUGCUGAGCUGCCUGCCAUUGGGCGUAUCAUUGGCCGCGCUCUCUACUGUAUGACAGCACCGAAACCACAGCGAGCUGAAGGAGGCAACGCCCCCGAGACUCCGCAGGGCAACGCUCCCCAAACCCCAUCUACCUCACCUUUUGCGGGUGGCCAGGGGCCAGGGGAUGCGCAGCAUGCGCCGCACACUCCUCCACCCUUUCUGCCAGUUCUUCUGUGCUGCUCCUGGAACGCGACUCAGGGCAUGAUACAUCAGGAGAUGUUGGCCACCCACGCGCUCAUUCGAGCCACCACUCUUAGAGAGUUGCUGAUCGUGGCGGCCAGCCAAGCCAACUUCCCCAUUGAAAAGACGUACCGCCUUACGGUACCGGCUGACUGUACUCCCUAUGGGCGGUUCCCAAUCCCGCAGCGCCUGGUCCAGACUUUCAUUCAUGACGAAGAGCUUCACUCCUCCAUCGUGGCAGAGUGGCGAGACAAGCCACUCCUCUCCGACCUUGCCUCCCAAAUUUAUGGAUGGGAUGCUGAUACCUUGCGAGCCAGCGGCCCUCCUGAUUACUUCCUCACGGCCAUCGGUCAGAAAAAGGACCACAUUUUCCAGGGCAUCCUCAUGGGACGACGGCAGCACCCCCUCAUGACUGCUGCACUACGCCAUGCUUUUCAGCACAAAUAUGUGGAUGCGCAGGGGGCCAUCAACGAGAAGUAUAUGUUCUUCUGCAUCGCCCUCUAUGAGAUCGUACGCCAGGACCUGCUCAGUGACCCGGUCCUCCACCCAACGGCGCAGGGACGCCGCUUGGCCCCUGGCUGGCACCUCACACAGACCCUGGGCCCGAUCUAUCUGCUGCAGGAGGUCCAUGAGGAUCAGUUGCGGCGAAUGCAGGGCGUGCCCCCCAAUGAGGGGCAUGGGUUCCGAACAGCCUCCAAGCAACUCAUAGCUCUUACUCGGUGCUGGGGUUGGAACAAGGGAUGGAAGUCUGAUCCGGCUUCCACCAAAGCCAACAACGAUGCCAUCCUUCGUGGACUCCCUACUGCACUCCAAGCAGCGCAGGAGGCUGGCAACGCCACGACCCGGCGAGGCAACGCCUCCACAACUCCGGUCCCCACUGAGGCCACCAUUCAGGCACAUGUGCUUGAAGCUCUCGACACCAGCCUUCUCGAUCGGAUUGUGCAGCUUAUCGAAAAGUGGCCGCAGUUCUAUGGCGAACUCACCAAGCAGCAAGUCCAGGAGCUCAUCCCGCGCGGUCUUGGCAUAGCCAUUUCAGAACAUGGUGACACUUUCGGUGCUACAUGGCAUCACGCGGGGGAAGAGGCCUAUGCCAGGGCUACCACUGGGCGCUCAGGUCAGGCCGCUGCGGCGGCCUCCUCCUCAGAUACCGGCAAUCAACGGCCCAACGAGCCUGCCUCCCCGCCGCCAUACGUCGCACCGCGACCAGCCAUUCUUGAUGCACCGCAUCGUCAUGAAGCUCCUCCUCAAGAGCCAGAAACCACUCCUCCCACAAUGGAGGAACUCUGUGCCGAGAAGGACUUCUACGAUUGGGUGGUGGCAGUAGCGGACCUCCAGUCACUGACGGCUCCUGAAGUCGUGGGUGUUCUUCAGCCCCAGGAGUUCACAGCGAUAUGGAAUGCCCGACUUCAGGUCUUGACCAAGCUGCCAACCGUGCUUGCAGGCCUUAGCAGGGUUUACCAAAAACCUGAAGCUGAUCGAAAAGACCUCAGCUGGCGCUCUGUGAUCUCGGGUCGACUUGUUGUCCACUCCUCUGGCCACUUAACGAUGGCCACGAAGGACCGUGCUGGUCAAGAGCACAUCCACCCCAAGCUCACGACCUGGCUCGGGGACCUUCAGGCUACCAUUAAAAAUGGGGUUCCCUACGCUCUCUUCGAGGGCAAGCGUGUGGCUACUCAGGAUGAGUUUCGCCUCUUCGCGACGACCCUGCAGACCAUCUAUGAGGCAGCCACCAAGAAGGCGCACCAACCCUCCCACGUCAAUAUCAUCCAGGCCACGCGUGGCAGUCAUCCAACCAUCAAGAUUACGCACGGCCAAGUCCUGGAUAGCAAGCUGAACGUGAUUCGCAAUGUUACUGGCCAGCAGCUUCGUGGUCGCCGCGAAAAGCAAGCUGAGCACCGUGAGAACAAGGAGUCCAGGAGGUCGGACCCGUAUGGAUCUCACGAGCCUCCGCCCGAACAACACUCCAGAUCCGCCGGCUCCCAAGACUGGCAAGACUGGCGGGACUGGGAAGAAAAUUCCUACAAUGCCAGGAACUCUGCCUACCACGGCUAUUACCGCUGA